AUGAAGGGAUAUAAUUGCUCUUUUGCCGCUCGAAACAACAAGCUUGAGCCAUAUGGCGAUGUUGCGGGACCAGGCGUUCUCAUUGGAUUCUUAGGGACUGCAUGGUUUGCUAUUGGCUUCGUCAUUCUCCAUUACGUUUUCGCCUUCGAUCCCGAUGAAACCCCGUUUCAUUCAGUUAGGCGAGCUCAAGAAGUGGCAGCCCCAUCGAGUACUCGCUGGAAAGCCAACCCAGUUGAUGUACUGGCAAAACGCAUCAUGCACAAAGCAGAGAGACGCUUCAAAGUAGCGGUUUGGUGGCCCCACGCGAUAGAGAUGUCGAUCCUGGGCAUGUGCGACAUUCAAAUCGUAACCGGCCUUGGAAUCCUUAUCAGCGGCUUUGCAGACCUCUGGAACGGAAUCUCAGCAUAUCAUUUCCAGCUCGUUUCCCAAGUAGCAUGGUUCUCGAGCCUUACUCAUAUCUGCGGACUCACAAUUCUUCGCAGAUACUUCCAUUCUCGUCCGAUCGAGAAGUGGUGCCGACUCUUUUCUUCAACUGGAAGCGAGUUGCCCAGGGCACUGCAAGUCUACCAGGAACCGACGCGAUUUGUCUUUAUAACAGAUCUCAAGCAGUCAACUGGUACUCGGCAUCCACUCAUUACCCGAAACCUCUGGAAACUACACAAGCAUACCAAAAUGGGAUAG